GGACUGAUCUGGCUUUGUGUGCAGUCUUCAGUGUUUGACUUCCUGCACUUAGUGGCAUCCCGCGUACUUCUUGCUUCGUGGCUGGGGAUAUUUGCUAGCGCUUGGCUGUGUGAAACUCCUGGGAUUGUGGCCUGGGUCCUUCUCACCAGCUCUGUGUGGUGAGACACUGCGUUUCCCUGCUGGGCCCGCAGCAGCAAUCAGGAAUGAGAGCAAUGCAGAAAGUAUUACCCACACGCGGAACUGGUUCUGAAUAGGACGCUUAUUGAAGAGAGCUCGCUGGAGGCGCGGGCGCUUUAAUUCCCGAGGCUGUCGGAGGCAGCUCACUGCUCCCCAGGCUGGCCUGUUAACUGCUGGGCUGCCGGUUGGCUGUCCCAGGAGGAUGCAGCGCCCUGGCCCCUCAUCACCACCCUCCAGGUGCUUAGAUGGGAGCCCUUUUGAGGAAAGCGGUCGAAGCCUCACUUUUCCAGGAGCAGACUGUGGUGCCCUGCUGUGAUUUUCAUGCUGUGUACACUCCAGAAUCUGGGGUUUGGUGGCAGCUGCUGCACCUGUCUGAAUUCAGCUUGGGAGAGAAAGCUCCUCUCCUCCACCGGGAACUGGUUGGAUGAGUUUCUUGAGCCUCCCUAGUGGAGGCUCCUGGGAAGCAGAGGGGUGUGGCGGGGUGGGGGUGGGGGUGAAGUGCUGUGACCCUUCCCCCACAGGAUGUGGACCACCAGGGGCACUGACUGGUCAGCUCCCCUGAUUUCUCUGUGUUAGCCCCCGCUCAGAGCCCAGGGCAAAGGAGAGGGUUUUGUGAGAGGCUUUUUUGCUCUUCCCCUUGUGGUAUCUGUGAAGAGACCCAGGGGUGGGGAAGGCCAGUGUGUUCAGUCAGGCGCUGUAGCUCAUGGAAGGGGGCUGCUCAGCUGUAAGUUCUUUACCAGGUCUGGAGGCUCCUGGGUGGAAAUGGGAAGGGAGCUGUCCCAAAUGGCAGCACACCCGUUCGGAUAUGUGUGGGGAAAGGAAAAACCCUCACAUGGUGAGACGCGGCUCCCCAGCAGCCCAGGUGAGAGCUGCUGGUCUGGAAUCCUGGAGGCAGAGUUCCGGCUAAAACCCAGUUGAGACCUGGAAUCUUGGUUUCACAGAGCAGGUUGUGCCUUCGGCUUUUAGAAGCAUCUAACAUAUGCAUAUAUUCAGGUUCUUACUCUUAUUUUGGGCCACAUUUCUCCCCUCCUCGUGCAGGUUGGAGUAAGUCUCCUUCCUUUCUCUAACCCACGUUCCCUGAGGCUCUCUUUCUCCUGCAAAUGUUCUGUGAACCGUCAGCAGCUCUCAGACCUCUGCAUUCCUCUCCAACACUGCUUGGCUCUGGGGAGGGACCUGUAGCCACAGCCCCACGUCUCAGUUUGUGCCUGUCCAGGAUACAUUCUUGUGCUUGGUCUUGUGGUCCCCUGUUUCCACCUGUCUUGGUAGUUGUUUGUCCUUUCAAGCAAAGCUGGAUGGUGACUUACUUGUCUGUCCACAGCCUAACUGCCAACCAGGCCUCCUGUGCUGGAUGUGCAGGGUCUUGGGAGAUCCCGGGGCUACGAUUUCCGUGUGCUGCGCCCUUGGCAUCAGGUGCUCAGAUCUCUUCUUACCCAUCAUUCGUGACUCGGCUAAAAUGCCACCUCCUCCUGGCUUCCCCAUCUUCUAGCUGCAGGGUACUACUGCUUGUCAGCACUUUAACUUAUUCACACUUCUGUACCAGCACACUUGUUUUGUGGGUUAUCUGUUUAUUUGUUGUUUUUCUUCUUGAGCUCAAGUUCCUCAAAGACAGAGACAAUGUGUCAUUCAUUUCAGGUGUCCCCAGGGCCUAGCGUUAUGCUCACACGUGUUGAAAGAAUUCCCAACUGAAAGUAGCCGGGGAACUCCCAGGCCUCUGUGACACACUGCUCUCUGCUUGCUGUGUUUUUUUUGUUUUGGUUUGGUUUUGAGGUGUUGGGGCUGGAGCUCAGAGCUCUUUCUCUGAGUCCUCCUCCAACCCAUGAUGGAUACUAUUUUUCUACCUCCUUUUGCUAUGGAUUAGUCUUGUUACUCCUAGCAGAAUCUGCGCUCUUGUGAGUAGGGGCUGUGUGAUUCAUCAUUGUCUCUGCAACAAGGCCAGCACAGUGUCUCUGUGCAGAGCAGCUACUUGAUAAAUACUUGUUGUUGAGAGACUGAACUCUGGAGCUCACAAUUGGUAGGAAGGGCCACUAGGGUUGUCCCAAAAUGAAAACAGCCAUUGAGGCUUACGGAGCUUGCCCACCUGCACUGUAUUCAGGCCUUAGGAGCAGAGCUCCGCACACUUUGAGGAGUGCUGGCUAUAGUCCCAGCUCGCUUAUACACUCUUCUCAUUUUUCCCCAAUUGAUAUUCCUUGGGACUUAGGAAAUGGCUGAACGCCAGGCCUAGGCCCUUCCUAAUUUCUUGCUGCUCUGUGUCAUGUCCUGGCUGUCCCAGAUGUCCACCCUGAAGCUGGAUUUACAACCCAAGGCCAGUGUCAAGGGUAUAUUUUUGGUCUUUCCUUUGUGCUUUUGCUCCACACAAUGCCGUAACUCUGCGCUCAAGGCCUAUGGUUCAGGGCUCUGUUUUGCCCAAUCUCCUAGAGGUGCAGCUGUCUCUCCUGAGGAACGUGGAGAAAUGUGCCGUCUUCUGUGGCAGUGGGACUCUGACUCAUUUGUGGAAUACAGAAUCUCCCCGAGGUGCCUUCCCCAGGCAGCGAUGUCAGGAUGCCUGUCUCUGCCACCCUCCGCCAAGAUGGCAGCCAGGAGCGACCAGUGAGCCUGACGUCUACCACCUCUUCGUCUGGCUCCUCCCGUGACAGCCGCAGCGCCAUGGAGGAGCCCACUGGCCCCGAGGCUUCGGCCCAGAACGGGCACGGCCCUAACAGCAACAACAGUGCCAGCGGCCGGCUGAGAGCAAAGGGUCCCCUCUCCCCACACGGCAGCCGGGGGGUGGGGCCUUCGCACCACAAGCUCAGCUACCUGGGCCGAGUGGUGCGGGAGAUCGUGGAAACCGAGCGCAUGUAUGUGCAGGACCUGUGCAGCAUUGUGGAGGACUACCUCCUGAAGAUCAUCGAGACACCUGGGCUGCUGAAGCCAGAACAAGUGAGCGCCCUGUUUGGGAACAUAGAGAGCAUCUAUGCACUGAACAGCCAGCUGCUCAGAGACCUGGAUAGCUGCAACAGUGACCCUGUGGCUGUGGCCAGCUGCUUCGUGGAAAGGAGCCAAGAGUUUGAUAUCUACACUCAGUAUUGCAACAACUACCCCAACUCAGUGGCCGCGCUGACAGAAUGUAUGCGGGACAAGCAGCAGGCCAAGUUCUUCCGGGACCGGCAGGAACUGCUGCGGCACUCACUGCCCUUAGGCUCCUACCUGCUGAAGCCCGUCCAGCGCAUCCUCAAGUACCACCUGCUGCUCCAGGAAAUUGCCAAACACUUUGAUAAAGAAGAGGAUGGCUUUGAGGUGGUGGAGGAGGCCAUCGAUACCAUGACCUGUGUGGCCUGGUACAUCAAUGACAUGAAGAGGCGGCAUGAGCAUGCGGUCCGGCUCCAGGAGAUUCAGUCUCUGCUCAUCAACUGGAAGGGACCUGACCUGACCAUCUAUGGGGAGCUUGUCCUGGAGGGUACCUUCCGCGUGCACCGUGUGCGUAACGAGAGGACUUUCUUCCUCUUGGACAGAACACUACUCAUCACCAAGAAGCGGGGAGAUCACUUUGUCUACAAGGGUCACAUCCCGUGCUCCUCGUUGAUGCUGAUCGAAAGCACCAGAGACUCCCUCUGCUUUACCGUCACUCACUAUAAGCACAACAAACAGCAGUACAACAUCCAGGCCAAGACAGUGGAGGAGAAACGGAGCUGGACUCACCACAUCAAGAGGCUCAUUCUGGAGAACCAUCACGCCACCAUUCCCCAGAAGGCCAAGGAAGCCAUCUUGGAAAUGGACUCCUAUUAUCCCAGUCGGUAUCGCCGCAGCCCAGAGAGGCUGAAGAGGGGAUGGUCAGCCCAGGACGAGGUUUCUACUCGUGCACGCCAGGGGCGCCGGCAGUCUGAGCCAGCCAGGCACCUGCUCAGGCAACUCGGCGACAAGGUGGUGGUGUCAGCAGCCAGAGCAGCAGGAAUGAAGCAUGCAGGCAGUGCUGGUGCCCUCCUGGACUUGGGGCGGCCACCCCAGACGUGGGACCUGCAGCCUGAGGCUGAGGGAGCUGCUGGAGAGGAGGAAGAAGAGGAGGAGGUGGUGGAGGAAGAAGAGGAAGAAGAGGAGGAGGAGGAGCAGGCCUUUCCGGUCUCUCUGGAGGACCUGGCGGGGCAUGAAAGCAGCAAGAAGGGAGCCAGGCCAGAGCCCCUAGGCUCGGAGGAGGAGGAGGAGGAGGAGGUGGUAGAAGAGAGUCUGGCAGUGGCAGAGCAGGUAGCUGACUUUGCCAGCUCCCUGCUGGCCGCCCUGCACUGCUGGCACUAUCGGGCCAACGCUUUACUGUUCUCCCGGGGUGCUAUGGGGAAGGGGCGCCGGGAGUCUGAAGGCUCCAAGAGCCACAGAAGGUGCAGCAACCAAUCUCCAACCAGUGCUGAGAAGUGCAUGAGCUUCGAGUCUGUCUCCUCCCUGCCAGAGGCUGAAGCAGGUCCUGGUCCUGUGGCUGAGCAGGAGGUCUUUGCUGUUACAGAAGGUCCUAACACUGAGGAGAUGCCUUCAGACACAGAGUUAGCCGAAGUCCUGGAAACAGGACUUGACACCCAGCAGGAGCUGUUGGGGAUGGAACUCCCAGUGGACAUGGAGGGCUUCGUGGUGGCCGAGAGCACCGAAGAUCUUAAGACCCUGAGCAGUGAGGAGGAGGAGGAAGAGAUGGGAGCAGCCCAGGACUCCGAGAGCCUCUUGCCACCCUCUGUGCUAGACCAGGCCAGUGUCAUUGCUGAGCGGUUUGCCAGCAGCUUCUCUCGGCGCAGCAGCCUGACCCUGGAGGAUGGCGGUGGCAAGUCCAGUGGCUUUGGGAUGCCACGGCUGGUCAGCCGGAGCAGCAGUGUGCUCAGUCUGGAGGGCAGUGAGAAGGGCCUGGCCCAGUGGGGCAGCGCAGCGGACUCACUCGACUCCCAGCCUGCCCUGGAAGUGGGUGUCAGCACGGGGGUGGCCAUAGAGAAUGGCCCUUCUGCCAACAGGACAGAGUCCCCAAACGCGGGUUGCCCAGUGGAGUCCAGCAGGUCUUCCUGCAAGAAGGACUCAGCACUCUCCACCCGAGAUCGGCUGUUGCUGGAUAAAAUUAAGAGCUACUAUGAGAAUGCAGAGCAUCACGAUGCAGGCUUCAGUGUGCGGCGCCGGGAGAGUCUCUCCUACAUCCCCAAAGGGCUGGUGAGGAACUCCGUCUCCAGGAUCAACAGCCUUCCGGGGCCAGACCUGAAGCCGGCAGCUCCGGUGGGGUACAAGAGACAGGGGGAUUCCCGAGUGGCACCGUGGACCUUGUUUGACCUCCCAGGACCCAGCCAGGCACGCACAGAGGACCCGGCUCCUGUCACAGAUGCUGAGUUCCGUCCGUCGUCGGAAGUUGUGAAGAUGUGGGAGAGAAUGGAGUCUGCUGAGCGAAGCCCCCAGCUGGGACCAGGCCAGGGUCAGACCAGUGGCUUUGAUCUCCAGGAGCCGCUCUUCAUCCUGGAGGAGCAUGAGCUGGGGGCCAUCACCGAGGAGUCGGCCACUGCCUCCCCGGAAAGCGCCUCGCCCACUGAGCCACCCAGCCGGGCCCAUUUGGCCCAUGAGCUGAAAGAGCUGGUGAAGGAGCUGAGCAGCGGGGUCCAGGGGGAGCUGGUGACCCCGCUGCACCCCCGCAUCAUGCAGCUGUCACACGUGAUGGACAGCCAGGUGAGUGAGUGUGUCAAGAACAAAGUCUACCAGCUGGCCCGCCAGUACAGCCUCCGCAUCAAGAGCAUCAAGGCAGUGCCGGCCAGGGUGCCGCUGCAGUGGGAGAGUGCAGCUCCGGACACCGAUGAGAAGAGCCCCACUGUUCCCUGCCUGCAGGAGGCCGCAGAGCUGGCCAGUGGCAAAGGCCAGAGGAAGCCCGUGCUGUCCCUCCUCAGCUGCGAGCAGCUGAUGGCCCAGGAGCACAGCCCCCGCAAACCUUCCUCUGCUGGGGAGACGUCGCCACGACGCUUUUCCUUCAGCCCCUCUGCGGCCAGCGUGAAGACCACCUCACCCGGGGCCCGGCUGAGCCCCUUUGAUGCCGAGACCUUCCACUGGCCCGAUGUCCGAGAGCUGUGCUCCAAGUACGCCCACGACUGGGCUGCCCAGACCGAGGGCAGUCGGCCUCGUGCCCCGCCGGUCAACCGGAGUCGCUCAGUCCCUGAGAUCACGGUGCAGCCUCCUGUGUCGGGCAGGGUGGGCCGCUGUUGCAGCCUGAGCACCAGGAGCAGCCAGGGAGGUGGAGAGGCUGCCCAGUCCCCGCCUCCUGGGCCGCAGACCCAAAGUGGGCUGAAUGGAGGAGAAGCCCUGUAUGUCACCGCAGACCUCACCCUGGACAACAACCAGCGGGUGAUUGUCCUGGAGAAGAGGCCGCUUCCCAGGCCUGCUUCGGGGCCUGAGGAGGAGGAGGGCAGCACACAGGAAUCAGGUUCACCAGAGGCCGUGGAGGAACAGGGUCAAGAUUCCCAGGAGUCUUCGGAGCACUGGCCGAAGGAAAACGAUCCCAGGGACCCAGCAGGCCCAAGCAAGCAGGGCCGAGUGAGAAACCUGAGAGAAAAAUUCCAGGCUUUGAACUCUGUGGGUUGACUGACUCCUGUGGAGGGAGGAGCCCUGUUGGGAUGGAGAAGAACCCCCUCUUGUCCUGGAAGAGGGCUCUGGCGUGAGUGUGUGGCCUCCCCUACACCUGGCGCCCCCUGGGGCUUGUGACAACUUUUCUCAGGUCCAGAUGAGCUAUUCUCAGCACCCCCAGAGGCUGGUGUGGCCACCUCCCUUGUAAAUAGUUCUCUGGUGAGAAGCCAGGUAUUUAAGCUCACCUCGGCCAGGGAGAGGAAGCGCUGCUCAGGCCUCCGGUUUUGGCUGCUCACUGUCAGGCUGAGGACCCAGGGGAGACCCAGGAAGCAGCCUGGACAGGCUUUGCUCUUUAACUGUGUCUUUUCUUAGGACUCGGGCAGAAAUGAGGCCAGUAAUUUAUUGCUUUUCAUCCUGUGGUGUGUGUGUGCGUGCGUGAGUGUGUGUGUGUCCUCCUGUUGUUUAUUCCCCUCCUGUGAAGAAUGGAAUGGACUUAGCGCAGGUACUUUGGAGGGUUGUUGCUGACCCUGCUGUUGUCGCUAAUGUACACGUUUCAUUAUUUGCCAAUGGUGCAAUAACCACUGCUGACCAACUGACCUGCGUGUGGCCUCCUUACU